AUGUCCUCUUCAACGUCUGCCAGCCGAGCAGACACUACCACCAGCGACGACGAUAGCUUCAGCGGCGCCGAUCCUGUUGCGUCCGCUGACCAUUUUUACUCAGAGGCGGUUGCGUUUGAACGUAUUCUCGCCAAUAAUGGCCUCAUUGAGGACCGGCCAGACUCGGCAAACGGCUUUGAAGAACUUGUAGCCAAGCAUCUCUCACCACGAGAAGUUGCCGUAGCCACUCAUGCCGCGAAAAUAUCUGCAGCCGGCACUACGCCCUCGUGGACACCCUCACCGACGAGCAGCAUUCUUGAAGAAGAGCCAGAGUCAUAUCUGGAGGGGGAUGACGCGUCUGUUUCAACCGAAUCGUCAGGCCCUCUGAGCGAUGUAGAGCCCGUACUUCAUCGCGCGGCAACUCUCGACACAGACGAAUGGAAAUUCGAUGCAGAGACGGUUGUCAGCAUGCUCAUCGAUGAGUUUGGCGCUUUAGCCCCGGAGGGGGAGGAGGAGAAACUCAUUUUGGAGACGGACGGAGGACUGCUCAAGGAGGUCUCGAUUAUUGGAGUCAUUCAUCUCACAACCCACCGACUCUGCUUCCACGCGUCGCUGAUGGCAGCAAACCCAAACCCACAGACAACUAUCUUGCGAGCGGGUCCAGCAGUCAUCCACCGUCCCGGCCUGCGCUUCAGCCGUCGUCUUUGGAUGGAACUUUCACCGGAUAUGUUGUGCUCAUAUGCAUCUAGCAAAGACAAAGACCGACUGAAGCCUGUUCGAACUCUGCUUUUAUCUGCUAUUCACGGCAUCGUGCCAUUCGACCCCAAACGGCCAAAAUGCAUACAACUCAUUUUCGACGAGCAGUUUGAACGCGAGCACGUCUCGGGAUUUGCAGAAUUUGAUACCGAGGAAUCGGCUGUGGAUUGGCGGAAAGAACUUUCGGGCGCCUUGUUCCUUUACCGACAUCAACGACGGGAGGCUAUCGACUCUGGAAAUUCGGAGAAUGGUAUCAGAUGGAGCUGCCCGCUAUCCCAUAUCGCUUCCGCCGAGUUCCUUGACCCCAAAAUGCCUGGUAUUGCAACUCUCAGCAUUGAUGUUGGCGCACCAGAUGGUCCAAGGAAAGUUCGCAUGGGCUGCAUCUACGAAUUCCCCGCGUGGUCAAAGCUGCCUGAGAUCGUUGCUGAUUACCACAAAUUCCGCGAAAGUCGCCCUUCGGAGCUUGAUGAGACGCCCAUUUUCGUCGAUAUGGGUCCUAUCAGCUUUGCGGAGACAAUUCCGACCGUUCCCGUCACAAAUAUGAAAGAGGAUUCAGUACGCAAAGUCCUUGGCUUGUCUGCCGAAAAAUCCUUCUGGAUGACUAAAGCCCGGUUGUAUCGCACGAUUGCGUCCGGCGGCGUUUUUGUCGUCACAGACAACUACGUCGGCUUCUGGGCGAAAUUCCUCACGCAGCAAGAUGCGCGUUACCGUCUUCAUGUCUCCCUCAUUCGGGAAGCGAAGCCGUUUAGCCUCCUUCGCGGCUGCUCCUAUGGACUUGCAAUCGAACUAGAGGGUCUCCCUGACUUGCGAUUCCAAUUCAGGACUGUCCAAGGUCGGACAGAUGCGAUGGAACGGGUGAAUGCUCUGGUCAAGCAUGCGCGGGAGGCACCGCAGCGGCCAACGGCUCUUGCACUGUCACAUUCUAGCUCGUCAUCCAGCGACACUUCUUUAUCAUCGGGAGUGAGUACUCCCACACGAUCCAUGACGGGGCUGUUCUCUCCACUCGCACGAACCUUUGCUGCCGUUCAAGAGGUCGGAGCGCCACCUAGUAUGAGAGGGAAAUUUCCCAAGCUUAUCAAUAUACCGUCGCAACUACUGGUCAAAAGCGAGAAGAAGCAUUUUGUCUGUCUGACUAUCGGAUCUAGAGGAGACGUGCAGCCCUAUAUUGCGCUGGGCUUGGGGCUGAUGAAGGAGGGUCAUGAAGUGACGAUAGUGACACACGAUGAAUAUAAGCCCUGGGUAGAAAGCUUUGGUAUCACGCACAAACAGGCCGGAGGAGAUCCUGGAGCCUUGAUGAAAUUGAGUGUGGAAAACAAGAUGUUCUCUCCGGAGUUUUUCAAAGAGAGCUUGCAAAACUUCCGGCCAUGGCUUGAUCAACUUCUUAUUGACUCUUGGGAGUCAUGUCAAGGAGCCGAUGUCUUGUUAGAAUCGCCUUCGGCGAUGGCAGGUGUGCAUAUUGCUGAAGCUCUGAAUAUUCCCUACUUCAGAACUUUCACAAUGCCAUGGACCAAGACUAGCGACUUUCCGCAUGCAUUCCUUAGUGUUCCUGUCGAUGCUCCGACAUUCAACUCUGCAAGCUAUGUCUUGUUCAACAGUGUUAUGUGGACGGCGACCUCCGGUCAAAUCAAUCGCUGGAGAAAACACACGCUGCAAAUCCCACAUACGGACCUCAGUCAUUUGGAUCAGGGCAAGAUAGCCUUUAUAUAUAACUUCUCCACGGCUGUCGUGCCGAAGCCUUUGGAUUGGGGAGACGCUAUCAAUGUGUCUGGGUACUGGUUCUUGGACAACCCCGAGGGUGCAAAUUGGACUCCCCCAGAGGACCUUGUGCACUGGAUGGACAAGGCCCGUAGCGAUGGCAAACCAAUCGUCUACAUCGGAUUUGGUUCUAUCACGGUCCCGAAUCCCAAUCGGGUUACUGCUCGCAUCGUCAAAGCCGUUCUGAAGAGCGGCGUUCGAGCAAUCAUCUCCAAGGGAUGGUCAGCCAGAAUGAGUAAAGCCAACGACAAGGGCCCGGAGGUGGAGAUCCCGGAGGAAUGCUAUGUCGUCAACUCGAUACCUCACGACUGGUUAUUCCAGAGGAUAGAUGCGGCGAUGCACCAUGGCGGUGCUGGGACGACUGGAGCCAGUCUGCGUGCGGGUAUACCGACUUUGAUCAAACCUUGGUUCGGCGACCAGUUCUUCUGGGCGAGUCGGGUGCAACAUCUUGGGGCCGGGCUGAGGGUCCCCAGUCUACAUUCACAUGACCUCGCAGACGCUCUGAUUACCGCGACGACGAAUCGGGUAAUGAAGGAGAAGGCUGCUGCUGUUGGAGAGAAGAUUCGCGCAGAAGAUGGGGUCCACACUGCCAUCCACACGAUGUACAUUUACAUGCAGCACGCUGGAGCUUAUAUUGAGAAAAUACGAGACCAUUCGCACUAG